CAAACCCCAAAGUUGCGUCGGUUGACCCUUUUUACCUCCCAUCUGUUUUUUUAUCCCCCACUUCUCCUAUAAGUGGCAAUUGGCUCACCGCCCACAGUAACUGCAAUCGCCAUUCAUUAAUUGACAACACACAAUUCAUUACGCCCUUAUCUGGGUUUCGACUUUCUUUACUAUCUUUGCCAUUUGUACUUGUUUUCAUUGGUUCUGCCCUUCUGCUUUGUGGGCAUUUUGGUGUUUCUUGCUUGUGCGACUGAUUUAAUCAAUGGGUUUCUGUUUUAGCAGUGAUUUUCUGUUUGAAAAUCAGAGUUCAAAUCCUGGUUUUGGUGAUUUCUUUGUAGAUUCAUAGUCUUCGUUCAUUGUCUUUGCAUGUUUUAGCUCCUAUAGCUUGCAAAAAAACUUACAUGUUAACUGUGCUCAAGCAGUGUUUAGCAGCCAGUCAUUGAAAAUUUGUUAUGAAGUUUCUAUUUUAAUUUCUCUUGCUCUGUUUAAUUAAUAAAUAAGAGUUAAAAAUGGAAACUCUUCCUCUCCGCAUGAUGGGAUCUGCGAAUUUGAAGAGUUGUGAGGUUCAUUGCUGCCAAGUCCACCCAAAGCACGGAGGUUUAGACCGCAAGAAAACACAAUAUCGGAGGCAGGGAGCAAUUGUCAAAAUCAAGAAUACCUUUGUGGAUUGUGCUUAUUUGGUACAAAAACUAAGAGGAAAAGAGACGACUCAUCUAACUGAGGAGGUUUUACUUGAGAUGAAAACUGAAGGCUCUUUACCAGAAAUCUCCACCCUGCCAGCUUUGAUGUUUUGUUAUGCAGAUAAUGGCCUUUUCCCCCAGGCUCAGGCGAUUUGGGAGAUGCUAUUGAAUAGCUCGUUUGUGCUGACAAUUAACAUAAUUUCUGAAUUGAUGGAUGCUUAUGGGAGGAUGGGACAAUAUAAUGAGGUAAUAAAAAUUUUGGAUCAGUUAAGUUCAAGAAAUUUCAGCUUACUGCCUCAAGCAUACUCAGCCGCUAUCUCUUGCUUUGGGAACCUAGGACAGCUUGAGCUAAUGGAAAAUACAUUGAAGGAAAUGGUUUCAAGGGGUUUGCCGGUGGAUUCUACCAUGGGAAAUGCCUUGAUUAAACAUUAUAGCACUUUUGGGUCAUUAACACAGAUGGAGACUGCUUGUGGUUUUCUUAAAAGUUCUAGACAUCUUAUUGAUAAAGAAGGAAUCAAAGCAGUGUCGUCCGCCUAUCUGAAGGAGAAAAAGUUCUACAGAUUAGGAACAUUCUUGAAGAAUGUCGGUCUUGGAAGGAAAGAUGUGGGAAAUCUUCUUUGGAACUAUCUGUUGUUAUCAUAUGCUGCAAAUUUCAAAAUGAAAAGCUUGCAAAGAGAAUUUAUGAACAUGUUAGAAGCUGGUUUUCGUCCUGAUCUCACUACAUUUAACAUAAGAGCUGUGGCCUUUUCAAAAAUGGCUUUGUUCUGGGAUCUCCACCUUAGCCUUGAGCAUAUGAAACAGGAAAAUGUUGUUCCUGAUCUAGUGACCUAUGGUUGUGUUGUUGAUGCUUACUUGGAUAAAAGACUUGGAAGAAAUUUGGAUUUUGCUCUCUCUAAAAUGAAUGUCGAUGAUUCUCCGCAGGUAUCAACAGAUCCAUUGACAUUUGAAGCUUUUGGUAAGGGGGACUUCCACUCAAGCGUAGAGGCCUUUAUGGAGUUUAGUAGGCAGAGAAAAUGGACUUACAGGAAACUAAUUGCAGUAUAUCUCAAGAAACAAUUCCGGCGAAACCAGAUUUUUUGGAAUUACUGACUUGCUGGCUGUGUCUGAGCAUGUAUGAAUAAUAAUUUAGGUUCACAAAACCAUUUUGUUUUUAGUGCAUACAUGGAUGAAGCUUUAGAUUUUUGGCUCAAUUGAAUAAAAAAUAGCAGUGCUAAGCACAAACAA